AUGACACCGCCUAACCACUCGCUGCGACGCUAUCGCCAUAUGAACAGGCUAUUUUUCUGUUUCUUAAUGCUCAUUGCCGGCAUUUGCGUAUUCUUCAGCUGCAGAACAUCCAAUCUCAUCGCGCCCAAUGUGCUCAAGGUUACCAACUCCCCAGAUCUUGAGUCCGGUUCUAUACUCUGGAUGCCUACAAGAAAGCAAGAAGACUGGAAGAUCGUAAAGGCGACAAUGUACUAUGAGUCUGGCGAUAAGACACAGAACGCCCGCAUUCUUACCCUUCAUGACUUCCACAACGAGUGCUUCAAAUAUGAGACACAUACAUUGCGUACGCUGAUUGUGCGAGGCGCUCUCAACAAAUUCCUUCACCUCCAAUCACUCAUCAUCGAGGAACUUCAGAAGCCGAUUGAGCAGCGUAUGGAGUGGAUACUCUACUUUGAUACCACUAUCGUCCUCGCGAACGCUCACAUACCCUUACACCACUUUCUGCCACCUAUCACUGAUGUCGAAACUUUCAAGAGCCUUUCCAUCAUCGCUACAAAGUCCGAGAGUGAUCAUCUAAAUUCUUCAGUCUUCUUCAUACGGAUUAGUGGCGGCUCAUUACGGAUCUUGACUCAAGCCAUGGAGACAAUAUAUGACGCGCCGUACAUCGAAGGAUACAAGAACGAAGACAACGACGGAGGCCUCUCAUCAGUAGCCCUACAGAAUGUUCUUUAUCUGGAGCAACAUCGAAAUAAGGUAAUUUUCCAGCCGCAACAAUGGUACAACAGCACGACUUCGUUGUUCAAUCAACCCUACUUUCCCACACCAGCUCAUCGCCUGACACCCGAUCUCAAGACGUUGACAGUUGACCGUGAGGGACAGCAAAUGUUUCCAGAAACAGCAGAUGUACAUCGCUUCUGGCGCACAGCGAGCGAAGCUAGACGCGUGUUAGAUGAGGCAAAAGAGAAGGGUUAUACGGAUGAACAGGGUGCCUUGUGGGAAAUGGCUAAGGAGGUGAAAGAGUGGGUUCAGCUACGGGCUUGGGAUAUGGAAGAGCUCGAAAGGAGGAUCAUGCUGUUGAGGGCCAGCUUGAACAACGACUGAUUUGAUUUUUCGGACAUAUAGUCUGUGAAAGAAGUGUGUAGUGCAUCCUACAUAUCAUGAUUCAUCCAACAGAUGAUCAUCUUCGGUCCGGUGUGUGUAAUCAUGAAUGGUAGUACUGUAUUAUCGGAAUGAGUCCGCGGCCGGAUGGUACGGUGCUGCAGGGACGUUGCCAGCUAUGCG